GAGAGCUCAGUCAUCCAAAAACGGCCUUUCAAUGUGAGAACUUGGGGAGCCGAAGAAAAUGUCGGUGGCAUCGCAGUAAAUUACUAAAGCAGUAAGGCUUUAGAGGGAAAGUAAAAUAAGAAGUGUUGUUUUUCGGACUAAACUCAACAUCGGAGAGAGGCGGAUUGAAGAUCGGGUUAUUAAAACAAGGUGUGAGCACCAAAUCUAGCAGUUUUGGGGGUAGUGUAUGGAAGAUGUCUGGAAAGCUGGACUGGACUCCGUGGAUGAAAAAGAGAAGGGCUCCAGUGUUGUGCGCUCUAGCUGCAGUGCUGCUGUCCUGCCUGCAGGGCGGCGCCUCCGUCUCCGACGAGGUGCCCGUGUUCACUGAAGAGCCCGCGUCGGUGGUCCAGAAGUUGGGGGGCGGCGUUACCCUGCGCUGCAGCGCCCGUCCCGCCUCGGCCAACAUCAGCUGGCGCCUCAACGGGCAGGAAGUGGCGGACGGGGAGCUGGACGUGGUGCUGGGGCCGGGCACCCUGCUCAUCCCCGCCCUCUCCAACCUGACACUGGGCAGGUACCAGUGUGUGGCGAGCACCGGCGCAGGAGCCCUGGCCAGCGUGCCUGCUAACGUCACUGCUGCCAAGUUACGUGACUUUGAGCCUGAUGACCAGCAGGAAAUCGAGGUAGAUGAAGGCAACACGGCGGUUAUUGAAUGUCACCUCCCUGAAAGCCAGCCCAAGGCCCAGGUCCGCUACAGCGUCAAGCAGGAAUGGCUGGAGACGUCCAAAGGAAACUACCUCAUCAUGCCGUCAGGAAACCUGCAGAUCGCCAACGCCACGCAGGAGGACGAGGGGCCUUACAAGUGUGCUGCUUACAACCCGGUCACGCAGGAGGUCAAGACGUCCACCUCCACCGACCGCCUGCGCAUCCGCCGUUCCACGUCGGAGGCGGCUCGUAUCAUCUACCCCCCAGCGCCUCGUUCCAUCAUCGUGACCAAGGGCCAGCGGCUCGUGCUGGAGUGUGUGGCCAGCGGCAUCCCGACUCCGCACGUCACCUGGGCCAAAGACGGGCAGGACCUGCGUUUCCAUAACAACACGCGCUUCCUCCUCAGCAACCUGCUGAUCGACGCAGUCGGCGAGGCUGACUCAGGCACCUACAUCUGCCGCGCCGACAACGGCAUCGGCUUGGCCAGCUCCGCCACCGUGCUCUAUGACGUGCAGGUGUUUGAGCCUCCUCAGGUGACGGUGGAGCUGCAGCAGCAGGAGGCGGCGUGGGGAGAGACGGUGCGGAUCAGCUGCCAGGCGCGGGGGAAACCCGCUCCCUCCGUGGUGUGGCUCCACAAUGCUCGGCCCCUCGCCCCAUCUCCUCGCCAUCGCCUGUCCUCCCGCAUGCUGCGUGUCUUCAACGUCGGGCCUCAGGACGACGGGCUGUACCAGUGCAUGGCCGAGAACGGUGUGGGCAGCUCACAGGCCUCGGCCCGACUUGUUACUCUGCCAACCGGGAUUCCAUCCCGUGGGAAGCUGCCGUCCAUCUUGCGGCCGCUGAGCCCAGACAAAGUGCUUAGAGAGCAGGCGCCGGUGAGGCCCGGGGCCGCAGGGGCCAUGUUACCCCUCGACUGCUCCGAGCUCCCAGGGCAGAUCUCGCCUGCGGAGGCCCCGAUCAUCCUCAGCCAGCCACGAACCGGCAAGGCUGACUUCUAUGAACUGACCUGGAGGCCACGCCAUGAUGGAGGGCCCCCUGUGCUGGAGUACAUGGUCAAAUACAGAAAGGUGGGAGACCCUCUCGCCGAGUGGACUUCCAGCAGCAUUUCAGGCUCUCUGCACAAACUAACCCUGGCGAAGCUGCAGCCAGACAGUCUGUAUGAGGUGGAGAUGGCUGCCAAGAACUGUGCAGGGCUGGGACAGCCUGCCAUGAUGACUUUCAGAACUGGCAAGGGUCGCAGGGGUCCAGGAGGCCAAAAUGACCCUCCAAAAACUGCUGUUCCCUCUCCCAGCCUCUCUCCUCCCGAGGCCCCCGACAAACCCACCAUCUCCACGGCAACGGAGACAUCUGCGUAUGUAACUUGGAUCCCGCGCGGCAAUCGUGGCUUCCCCAUCCAGUCGUUUCAGGUGGAGUAUAAGAAGGUGAAGAAGGCAGGAGAGGACUGGGUGACGGCCGUGGCCAACAUCCCGCCAUCGCGGCUCUCUGUGGAGAUCACAGGCCUGGAGAAAGGAACAUCCUAUAAGUUUCGUGUUGUGGCGGUGAACGUGAUUGGUUCCAGCCCUCCCAGCGCCCCGUCUAAGGCCUACACAGUGGUGGGUGGCAGAACCAACGAGCGGCCUGUAGACGGACCCUACAUCACCUACAACGAAGCCAUCAACGAGACGACCAUCAUCCUCAAAUGGACAUACACUCCUGUCAACAACACGCCCAUCUAUGGCUUCUACAUCUACUACCGGCCAACAGACAGCGAUAACGACAGCGACUAUAAGAAGGAUGUAGUGGAGGGAGACCGCUACUGGCACUCCAUCACUGAUCUGCAGCCUGAGACCGCCUACGACAUCAAGAUGCAGUGCUUCAACGAGGGCGGAGAGAGCGAGUUCGGCAACGUGGUGAUCCUAGAAACCAAAGCUCGUCCAAACCACCAGCGGCCUGCGCCGUCAGAAUCUCCAGCCCCAGGUCCAGGACACUCAGGGGGAGCGGUGCCCCGGCCCAGCGACCUACCCUACCUCAUAGUUGGUGUCGUUCUGGGAGCCUUUGUCUUCAUCAUCGUCGCCUUCAUCCCCUUCUGUCUUUGGCGGGCUUGGGCUAAGCAGAAACAAACGUCCGACCUGUGUUUCCCUGCUGUGGCGGCCCCUGUAUCGUCCUGCCAGUACACCAUGGUUCCCCUUCAGGGGCUGGCGCUGGUCGGCCACUGCCCACUGGACCCCCACAUGACUGCCUCACAUGGAGUUUACCAGCCUAAUGGAGAAUACACUCCUAACGGCAAACCCCACCUUCCCACACACUGCCUGCCUGGACUGCACCAGGAGGAGGUGGAUUGUGAUAUGGAGUGUGACACAUUGCUGCCACAGACAAUGUCCAAUGGGCACCUGCCUGUCUACCACUACUCUACCAGUGGUCCUGACCAUCGUGGACAGGAUUGCUGUCCUUGUGAUGAUUCUGCUCUUCAGCUCCUUGACACUUCCCAUGAGCCACUCAGUCCACAGGAAGUGGGAGGUGAUACCAACUUUUAUCUUGGGAACGUAGCGGAGGAGGAUGAUCUUACUCAUGAGCCAGCCUCCCUUCCUCUAUUAUCUCUGGAAGACGAGGGGAUCUUCACCACGUCAUCUUCAGCAGCAACAACACCACAAUCCCAAGACACAACAAUACAGGAGGUGAACAUCCUCCCGAGUGAAGCGUCCCCAGAGGACGAAGGGACAGCAGACGCAACAGACGCAUGAGACUGUCAAACAAACAGAAGAAAACAAGAAAAAGUAUUUAUUUUUGUAUCACAGAUAUUUAUAUAUUUAUACUUUUGUACAUAAAAGUGUUUCAUUAUAGUGUAUAUAAGGUUAUUUUCAUAAUGAAAAAAAGACUCUAUUCAUACAUCCUCCUCACUGCAUUAUGGACAAAGGGAGUGCCAUGUUGUCAUGCUGAACUCGUGUUCUAAUCUCAAAUGGUGUCUGCAUUUGUUGGGGAGGGAAAUGCGUCUGAGGAGAUAUUAUUCCAGUUAUGAAAUUCAGUCAGAGGAUCAUAAAUUUGGAGACGGAUUCCUCUUAAGUCAGCACUUCAGAUCCAGACCCUCCUCACUCCUCAAGUCAUUCCUGGCAGAUCUCCAUCUUCAGCGCUUCGGACUUGGACCUUCAGUACUUAGCUUUAUAUACACCAGAGACAAAGGGACCAUGUGAACCAUUCUGAUGCUGUAAUUGUGUGUUGCUCCCUUCUCGAUUUAGUUCUGUGUUGCUUUACCAAGGUUUCAAGGUACAACUGUCAGUCAACCAUUUUGUAUAGAAAUAACACGUGUAUUAUGCAUUGUUCAUCAUUAACAAACUAUUAACAAGUGUAUGCAACAUAAAACCAUCCUGUUUCAGUAGUGUUCAAAAGAGAUUAUAUAUUGUAUAGUUAUUUAUUUUUUUUUAAUUUUUAUGUUAUUUUUAAUCACUGAAUGGGAGAGAUUCUGGAAAAUAUCUUUUACUCAGUCAUUAAUAAGCUGAACUUUAUACAAGACUGCAACCACUUCUGUGUUUACUGAUAUGCUGGUCACCAAAUGACUACCAAGUGAGGGAGCCUUGACAGGUGUGUCAGUAUUAUUGUUCCCUCACAGAACGGUGCAUAAGUAUUAGUCUUCGCAAGAGAUGUCUGCGAUCAAAAUGAAGGAGAUCUUGAAUCUGUACUCCCUUUGCUGUUGUCGUGGUUACACAUGCUGGAGCACUAUUGCAUGUAAAUAAAAGCUUAUGAAAUGAA